CGGAUCUGCCCUCCGAUGCACCGAGCUGUGGCUCUGCCUUCUGUCCCGAUGCUCCCCGGCUGCUGAAUCCAAGCUGCCCCUUAGCUGCCGAGCGAUGGAUCGGGGCAACAUGACCGGGGGGGUAAGGGGUGACCCGGGGCAACUCAUCGUCAGAUCCCUGGACUUCAAGAGCCAGGGGGCGCAGUGUUACAAGGACAAGAAGUACCGGGAGGCCAUCGGCAAGUACCACCGGGCGCUGCUGGAGCUGAAGGGUCUGAUGGGGGAGCCACCCGGGGGCCCCCAGCAGCCACCCCCAGUGCCCAGGCAGGGGGCAUUAACAGAGGAGCAGAGGAAGGCGGUGGAGAGCAUCGAGGUGGAUUGUUACAACAGCCUGGCAGCGUGUCUUCUGCAAGCCGAGCUGGUGAAUUACGAACGGGUGAAGGAAUACUGCCUAAAAGUCCUCAAUAAGGAAGGAGAGAAUUUUAAGGCAUUGUACCGAUCCGGAGUAGCCUUUUACCAUCUGGGAGACUACAACAAAGCUUUGUACUACUUGAAGGAAGCAAAGAGCAGACAGCCAACAGAUACCAAUGUGAUCAGGUACAUCCAGCUGGCGGAGAUGAAGCUAAGCAGGAGUUCCCAAAGAGAAAAAGAAGUAUCCUUAAACCAGAGCGUUUAACUGCGGAUACAAGACUGUGACAUCACUAGCGGUGGUUCGGGGUCCGUGAUGACCUGCCAUACUGGUUUUUGGUAUUUAGCAAGCUGCUGACGUGGCUCUUUGAUGCAUCUCUGCUUCACUGCCCUGGUUACUGUAUAACCCGGCACAAUAGAUCCAAAGGAACUUGGAUCUGAGCUUGGAAUGUCACCUCGGAAUGCCACUGAUAUAAUACGUUAGGCUUUUGCGAAGCAGUUCCCCAUUGGCUUGCAUCCUCCUACAAGGGAAUCCAUGCACAGGCUUUUUCUCCCCCAUUAAAGCUGGAUGUUAUUUUAUUUUCCGCAUCAAAGGGGCUUAUGCAUCAUACGCAACCUUUUUACGCACAGCUUGAGUCCCUGCAAGGUCUUUUUAUAGAAGUCUAAUUGUUGGCGAUGCUCUCAUCGCAAAGAGGGAGAAACCUGAAAGCCGCUCAUUUGUGGAUGGACCACGCUGAGCAGAACCAGGAAAAUGGCUUUUUUUCCGUCUGAUUACAAAUGAUAUCCGUGUUCUUACGGUGUUUCGCUGUGGUAGCUGUCAACCAGUGUCCUUUAGCCGUAGGUUCAGAACACUUACUACUGGAAAUGCACUUUUCUGUAAACGCGCUGCGAUGGAUGAUGAGCAUGUCCACGCAGAGAUUUAAUGACGUAUUGGAAGCUGCCUUUGUGUAGAUUUGCUGUUUCAUAGAGAAUGUUGCUUUGUUUCUUAACAGGCUGUGGUAAGGAUGGUAGCCACCAUCCACGAGUUGCCAAUGGCAGACGUCUUUAAUCGUAUGGUCUAGAUCCUUGGCUGCUUAUACCUUUCACUGCAUAAAUAGGCUGGAUAUUCAAGUCAGUGACCCAUCAACCCCAUCCUACCAGUCAUGGCCAGAAAA